AUGCUAAUUGUCCUUCCACCCGCUCGUAGAAAAGUACUAGCGCGUAUCAGAGCCGUAGAGAGGAGGAAUCUGAUCACCGUUUGCAGGUUCUCAGUGAAGACCCUCAUUGAUCGCUCAUGUUUUGAGACGAUAGACGACACAUCUGCUGAGUUCAACAACUUUGUCUCCAUUCUAGAACAUAUUCUCAGUCAUAGACUGAAAGGUCAGGUCAGCUGGUUUGGCUACGAGAGCCCGAGCAGUUUCUGGGAUUACAUACGUGUGGCGUGUAGUAAAGUCCCGCACAGCUGCAUCCAUAGCAUCGAGAACAUGGAGAACGUCCGCAGCUCUAGAGCAAAGGGUCGUGCCUGGAUUAGAGUGGCGUUAAUGGAGAAGCGUUUGUCUGAAUACAUCUCUGCAGCUCUGAGAGACUUCAAAACUACAAGGAGGUUUUAUGAGGAAGGGGCUGUAGUUCUGGGUGAGGAGGCGGGGCUUCUGGCAGAUACACUGAUUGGACUGAAUGCCAUUGACUUCAGUUUUUGUCUGAAAGGGGAGGGGCUUGAUGAGAGCUGUCCCGUCGCCAUUGACUACACACCGUACCUUAAAUUCACACAAACUUCUGACAGCAUCAGCAGUGAUGAGGAGGAAAUGAGAACGCUGGGCAGCAGCGACAGUGAAGCAGGCACUCCUGAAACCCACAUGGCCGCCAGUCUGAUGGCCGAUCAGAGCACCUGGUACAGCAAGAGCAAAAGACUAGAGCAGAAAUACAGAGUCGUGCUGGAACAGAAGGGUUAUUUGGAGGAGCUGGUGCGUCUGAGGGAAAUUCAGCUCUCUGAGUCUGUCUCUCAGAAUAAAUCUCUACAGCAGCGGCUCACAGACACAAAAACCAGCCACAAACUGGAGAAAGAGCACCUGGAGUUCAUCAUACUGGAGCUGCAGGAUCAGCUGAUGGUGAUGAAGAAUCAUGACCUUCGCUCCAGACAGGAGCUCACCUCGCACCUGACUAACCAAUGUCCCUCACCUGCUACCUUGGAUACCAAUGCAGUUGCCUUGUAUACGCUCCUGUACAGGAAACGCACAGGACCAUGGGAAGAGAAAAGCUUCCAGAGUUUGGAGCAUCUUUCUGCAGAUAUGAGUCUCUCGCAGAUGUCUCUGGAUCUAGCACAAGUUGACACACACAGUCUGGAGAGCAAGGCAGGACUUACACACUGGCACAGAGAAGGGAAAGAGGAUACUCCGUCUCUGAGGGGUUUGUGUGGUUCCUUAACCUCAAUGGCCAGUUACAAAUCUCUGGCCAGUCUCAAGUCCAGUGAGUAUCUGGCCAGUCCAACAUUAGACAUGACCAGCCCAGGACUGACACCAUCCUGAGAGACAUGUAUGGACAUAUAAACGCAUACACAAACACACCGGCCUGCUUUAAAUGGUGUGGGCUUCGAACUGAAGUGAAGGAAGAAAAGCUACCUAAUGGUACAUCCUCAGAGCUUCUAAGAGACAUUUCAGCUAGACAAGAUGAAACCUCAGUGCCUUCCUGACUGCUUUUAGUUUAAUUUGAAGUGCAAUUCAUUUUCAAAUCUGAACGUUUGGCUGAUGAAGUCCAUAGCUAGUGUAAGCAUUAGCAUUAUUGAACAUUGAUCAUAAUUUAUCAUGAUGAAUGACAGUCUUGACUCAGGACAUCAGUGAAUUUCAGUUGUUAAUAUACCUAGUUCAGAUGUGUGCUGUUUUUGGAAAGUCCAUAGAUUAAGGUUUUUGCCUCUGCUCAUAAAAUUUGUCCUGUGUGGAAUUAUACUUAAUUAUUACUAAACUUCGAUUUAACUUCAGUGCCCCUAUUGAAAAUGAUAGUUUAUGAAAAAACAACAACAUCAGAUUCAAAGCACGUCAUAGCUACUGUAUACUAGCACAGCUGUGUGGGAAAUUGGUUGUCUGGGCCAAUGACCAAUUUACAAUGAUAUCUCAUUAUUUAACUUAAUUUUAUUUUAUUACAUUUUAUUUCAUCAUAUUUUAUUAUAAAGAUUUCUAGUCGCAAGCCUCCUCUAAAAUCAACUUUUCAUAAUAAAUUAUAUCAGUUAUUGUGAUUAAUCUGGCCCCUCUUUAGACAUUUUGGUCCUUUUUAAUAAAACAUAGAAUGAACGUGCCAAGUAAAAUACGUUUUAAACCAUUUUUUAACACCCCUUUCAAAAUUUUAACAUGAAUAUAUAGCUGUGAUAUUCAGUAAGAAACAUAUUUAGGAUGUUAACUUAAUUGUAUCCACCAGAAAUUGUUUGGAUUGUGAGAAGUGGGUGAUCUGUCUCAGAAUGGAAAAACUGGAGCCCUAAUAAUGUUGAAUUGUCCAAUUAGGACAGAAUUGUGAACAACAAAUACUGCUUUGUUGAUUUGCCAUCAUUUAUCUUUUUAGGGAGUAAGAGGAAUGUGAUUUCAGAAAAUUCUCUGGUGUGCUUAAUGUGGAUAUUAAUACAUUUGUUUAUUAUCUCUGGCUUUUAACUGAAGUGUUUUGAGAUUCACUCUUAUGUGAGGAAGUUUUACAUAUUUAUGAGUUCUGUGAUUUACAUAAUCAUACAGCACUCAAAAAUCAGUUUAGCAUUUUUUCCCCAUCUUCACUCACAGAUAGUGGCUAAUGUGCGCUGGUGUGAAGCAUUGCCAUGCAUUUCUAUACAUUAAUAAGAAUAAUAUGAUGCAUGUUGGACUAGAACUAGAAUGUAUUCAGAACCAAAAGCAACGAUCUUUAACUUCAUAUGUAAACAUCUGAACCAGUGUUGUCAAUUUCAUGGGAUUAAAGUUUAUCAUUUCCUUUCAUUUGCACAUAAACGCUGUAAUUUUCCUACCUCCAGAGCAAAUCGAGCUUAAAGUACCACUUUGUUUUUGACCGUAUAAUGAGACUGUGGACUAUAGGCCAGUGAUGUUCAAAGAGACGGACACACAUAUAUAUAUA